AUCUUCUGUGUGAUUCUUCAAAUACAUCAAUGUUAUCGUUUUGAUACUUCAGUUCAGCUCAGCUCAUCUCAUCUCAGUUACUCAAAUUCUACCAGGAAACCACCAUGAACACAUUAUUGAAUCCAAACCCUAAUUUAUCAUCCCCAAAUUUUUCAAUCCGAGCAAAAAAGCUCAGACUUUUAACAAAUUCUGGCCAGCAAAUCUCACUUGUCGCACCAGCAAACAAAACUCAUACUUCAAUUCGUUCUAAGAGAGCAGAUUCAAUUGUAAGAUGUGUGCUAGAUUCAUCAAUUAUUGAUCAACUAGGGCUGUCUGAAUCUGGCCUUCAUAAUCCUUCGAUAUCUACUUCAUAUCGUAGUCUGGAUAUCCCUAAUCCUAAUCAAACUUUAUUGGAUGCUCAAGCAAGGGUUUGUACUGGUCCUACACAGACUAAACCCCUGACUGAAGAACAAACUUUGAAAGUCUUGGAUACCAUUUUGAGAUCAGCGAGUGGAAAAUUGGGAGUUGGUGAGGAAGAGGUUUCAAGAGCACAACUUGGGGCAUUUUUUGCUGGAAUGACAAUUCGAGCGAAUUGUUUUUCAGAAGCUACUCAAUGGAGUGAAGGAGAAACACGUGCAAUGAACGUGUUGUGGCCACGACUAAUUCGAGAACUACCAGCUGAUAUCAUUUUUAUUGCUGAUCCUGAAGGUUCAAUUAUGGGAGUUGGUACUUCAAUUGGACCUCAGUUUGUUGGGAAUGGUCCUAAUGAGAUGAGACUUGUUGGUGCUCUGAGAGAAGUUUUGGCAGGUGGGCAUCUUGGAUUUGAAGAAGUUCAAGGUGUAUUACGAGAUGUUCUUCCUUUAGAGACUGGGAUGCAAGGAAAUGUGAGUGAGUCGUUGUUUUCGGCGUUCUUGAUAGGUCAAAGGAUGAAUCGAGAAACUGAUCGCGAGCUUAAAGCCUACUGUCUUGCCUUCGAUCAAGAACAUGGUCCUCCACCAGUUGCCGAUGUUAAGUCACUGACCCAUUACGGUGAACCCUAUGAUGGAAAUACCCGUUUCUUCAGAAGCACAUUGUUUGUCGCUGCUGUAAGAGCAUGCUACGGGGAAGCAAGUUUGCUUCAUGGUGUGGAAUAUAUGUCACCUAAGGGGGGAAUAACAGAAGAACAAAUGCUGAAGUUCAUCGGAGCGAACACUCAUUUAUCCCCUCUUCAGACAAAAGGACUUCUUGAGGAUGAGGACGUCGGUUUCGGAUAUUUAAGUCAACGUGAAGCUCGUCCAUCUCUAUACUCGUUACGUGGACUGAGGGAGCACAUAAAAAAACGUCCACCUAUUGCAACUUCUGAGAAAGUCCAGCAGUUUGUGAGGGCACGUGGAAAGGAAGCUAUUGUUGCUGGGUUCUAUCAUGAAGGCUAUGAGGAUCCGUUGCUAAUGCUUAUGAGAAGAAGAGGUGUCCAUUCUGGUUUGGUUGUGAAGGGAGAAGAAGGAGCGCUUUCAAUGACAACAAGAGUACGAUCUGCACAGGCAACAAAAGGCCCCCCAGUAAACUACUGUGCAGGUUUUCGGUCAUUGAGCUAUCCAUUUGUAUCUGAAUUGGAUGGAGUCUCACGUGAGAGUUUCAGUGUUGAGGUUAAUGCUAAAGAUUAUGGUUUUGAACCCACAGAUACUCCCAGAACUGAUAGAUCGGUUUUGAGGAACAUAGAACUGGGUCUAGCAGCACUAAGUGGUGAAAAGGGGCCAGCUUAUGAUAGGAUAGUGUUGAAUGCUGGAAUGGUAGACCAUUUGCUUGGUUGUGAUGGUGCAGAAGACGUUUCCGCAGCAUUAGAUAGAGCAAGAGAGGCCAUCGAUAGUGGUAAAGCAUUAAGCAGAUUGUUGAAUUACGUAAAGGCAUCCCACAGAAUUUAAGUUAAUGAGCUUCUAGUCGCUCUCAUUUGUUUGUUUUUUCUUUUGUUUAUUCAGUUAAAUGUAACUUGAUGCUCAAUAAAGGAGGUUGCUGAGUGAAAGCAAAACACCAAGUAAUCUCGAAUUUUGGUUUUGUUCUAUAAUGCAUUUUUUUCGUUUAUUAGUGGACAAUUUGUCA